UACGGCAAUUUGCGAUGUGCGGGCCAGAGAACAUCCUGGUUGCUAUCACUGCAGUCGUACACUCCUCUCCCGCCAGCGUUUCUCCCAUGGGUCAUGGCCUCCAGAAGACUUGCCAAAUCCCUCCCUUCUCCUUCCACCGUGUCUUCAUUGAGAAGAAAUCAUCCCCCCGACACUAACCCUUACCCUAAGCCUGGCCAUGGCGUCCUCCCCACGCCCUUCCCCCCGGCUCCUCUCCUUCCUCUCUCCCUCUCCCCCGCGCCCCCCUCCCACCUCACCCGCUUCCUCCGCUCCAACCUCAAGCCGUCCUUCACCCCUGCCGACCUCCUCCACCUCCUCCGCCGCCGCCUCCGACACCACCCUGGCCUCGCCCCCUACGACCUCGACGUCUUCCUUUGGGCUGCCGGCGUCGACUCCUUCCGCCACGACCACUCGACCUACGAGUGGAUGGUCCGCACACUUGCUGCCACCGGCCGCCUCGACGGCCUCCACCGCCUCCUCCGCCUCCUCCUCUCCCACCCCUGCCCCUGCGCCGACGGCAUCUUCGCCUGUUCCCGCCUCGAGUCCAUCUUCCGCUUCGCACUCCACGCCUUCUGCCGCGCCGGCCGCCUCGCCGACGCCGCCACCGCCCUUGACGACGCUCGCCGCUCCCUCGACGGCCGCCCCGCCGCCGCCCUCUACAACAUCCUUCUCCACGGCUUCGCCCGGUGGGGCGAACACCAGAAAGCCCUCGACUUGUUCGACAAAAUGCUCAAGGAUCGAGUAAGACCGGAUGCUUUCACCUUCAACAUCCUGAUCAGCAGCUCAUUUCGAAACGCCGACUUCGACGCGGCUUUGGAUUGGUUUCGAGAGAUGAGGGCGAGGGGCUGCGAGCCCAAUGUGGUCACCUUCAACACUCUGAUCAAAGGAUUCUUUAGAGAGAAAAAAAUAAAAGAAGGAAUUGGAGUUGCCCGUGAGAUGCUUGAUCUCGGUUGCCAGUUCUCGGUUCCGACGUGUGAGAUUCUAAUGAAUGGGCUCUGCAAAGAGCGUGGUAGAGUCGAGGAAGCGAGUGAUCUCUUGAUGGAAUUCUUGCAGAAAGGAGCCAUUCCCGAGGGGUUCGAUUGCUUGGUCUUGGUGGAGGCUCUGUGUAAAGAAGGAAGAGUGGAAAGGGCACUGGAAAUGGUGAAUUCUUUGUGGGAAAAGGCGAAGCUUGUGAGUGUGGUGACGUGCACUACCUUGAUAGAAUGGUUGAGGAACUUGGGGAAGAUAAAUGCAGCUUAUGAGUUGAUGGAGAAGAUGUUACAGAAGGAAAUGCUUCCAGAUACCAUUACUUUGAACUGUCUUUUGGAAGCUCUAUGUGAUGCUGGAAGAACAGUGGAUGCAAACCGGCUGAAAGUUUUAGCUUCGAAGAAGGGAUUCAGGCCUGAUGGAGUGACAUUGGGGGUGCUGGUAAAGGGAUUCUCAAGGGAAGGGAGGACAAGAGAGGGAGAAGGAGUGGUGGAUGAGAUGCUGGACAGAGGGUUUAUACGAAACAUUGCUAGUUAUGACAGGUUAAUGGAGGAGUUGCAAAAUGGAAAUAAGUCUCAGACUUUGCGAUGAAAUUUUUUAAGCACAGCUGGUGACCUGAUGAAAUACUAUCCUUCAUCCACCGUCCACAUUUGGUGGCAGAUUGCUAGUCUUUGCUAUUUCUGGAUCAGGUGAUGAUGGAUUCUUCCCUAGAAUGAGAGAGAAUUACAUUAGGAUGGAACUUGGUUGUUUCAGAGAUUUGAGUAUUGUGCUGUAUAAAAAGGAGUGGAUGCUUGGAAGACAAAGAAGAUAUAUUGCUGACAAGCCUUGAAAUCAUCCAUGCGGAGUGGAAGAUUUGAGGAGCGUGGAUUAAAAUAAACCUGGUCAUGAUAUGGUAGGCAGAAUUACAGAAUGGCAGUAGGCUCUUGUAAAGGAAGAAGACUGUCAUAUAAGGUUUUGGCUGAGCUUAAAACUUUAGUACGUUGGAUAUUGCCACCCUCUUUAUUUCUUGUCCAAUGUAGAGGAUAACUCA